AUGGCAGAGACAGAUUCCUUGUCCUCUUCCAACGGAGAAGACGCGCCCCCCUUGCCGACAUCGGCAUCCGCAUCACUGUCGUCGAUUGCAGAGAAUUUUCAGCGUUCUGCAAUUGAAUCUGCUCGUACUAUGCAACACAGUUCUUCCACCCAUUUUCAUACCUUUCAGAAGUUUUUACCAGAAGCAGUGUCGCAGUAUAGAACUUAUGAAGACGCUUUCUUCAGUAAAAUUAAAGAUGGCUUGAUGGUAGCACGGGAGAAUCCAGCUUUAGGUGUUGGUUUUGCUGUUUCUGCUGCCUUUCUUGUUAUGAGAGCUCCAAGAAGAUUUCUGUUUCGUCAAACAUUGGGUCGAUUUCAGAGUGAGGAGGCACGAUAUGCAAGUGCCGAGAAGAAUGUGAAGGACUUGAACCUCUCAGUAAAUUUACUGAGGAAAGAGAGCAUAAAAUUGCUUCAAAGGACAGCUCUGGCUGAAAAGGAAAUGAAAUAUGGGCAUGACGAACUGAUGAACACUGGAGCCCAAUUACAACGGCUGGCAAAAUCAUCAUACAAGGUUGAAGCCAGAGCUACUGAUUUAAUAGACAGGCUGCGCGAAAUACCUAGUCGGGAAGCUCUGGCACUUCGAGCUGAGGUUGCCUCUUUGGCUUCAAAUUUGAAGCGGCAGAGAUCUGUGCUAGACAAACGGAUAAUGAAGAUAUCUGAGUUAGGGAUUUCGGUGUGA